UUGCAAGGUAGUUAUUCUGACCGCCUAGAUUGAUCAUUUGCUGUAAGACUGGUGCGUAGUAAUGCUGAACUACCGUUACGUAUACAGUAACCAAGUGAGGAAAAAUGGACGGUAUCGCGUGGCCAAUGCUCUCGUGGCCGGUGGUUGCCGGCAUCGUGUUCUUGAACGUCUUCAUCGACAGCUCUGGUGCGGGUCUCAUCCGGGACUCCAGUUCGGGACAGGUCAAGGGAUUGGUGGCGUCGGUGUCUGCCCUGUCUGCAGCCAGUCUCGGAGCGGCCGCGGGGUACUUGCCUCAAGACGAAGAUUCACAGCUGUAUGUGCUCGUUGCCAUGGGUGUACUCAGUGGGCCAGCGAUCAACUUCAUUGUUGAAAAGGUGUCGUCGGUGGCCGAGUCUCUGGUUGGAGGCAAGGCAAAGGAGGAGGCCAAGGAGGAUUAAGGCGGCGGCGAUAUGCAUUUCCGUAGUUGUCAGUGAUAUAGAAUAUUACAGGUAUAUCUAUUUUAGAGGUAUAAAAAAACACAAGUCCUUGUCAUUUUCCCCUCGCC